AUGGCACGAGCUGUUUCAGCGUCCACGCUUCGAUACGAGCAUGUGUCGUGGAAAAACGACGCACUUGAAAUUCAGUACGGUGUAAUGAAGAAUGACCAAGACGGCCAUAUGUCAUUUGCAAGGCAUGUGUACGCCAACCCAUUGAACCCUGAAAUUUGCCCUGUGCUGAGUUUGGGCGUGUUGCUGUUUACUCGUGGCGCCAACCUCCCAGGCUCGCCGUCCCUCGUGUUCGGCUACAAUGCCAAGGAACAUUUCUCAACUUGGCUCCGCAACACGUGUUCCAACUCUGAAGACGACAUCGUGUCGAUGGGCUUGGCCAUUUCGGAUAUUGGCACUCACUCAUUUCGCAAAGACGUGGCCAGUUCUUUGUCCAACUGUCCUGGGGGUCCAUAG